AUGAGUACUUGUUUAUGUAUUAGACUUAACAAGUUUAUAUGGAUCUAUGCAAAUGAUCAAAAUCAACAGGAAGAAACAAAUGAUUCGUCUGACAUAGUUAAUGAUGAUAUUAAAAUAAAACAUCCAGAAUCAUUUUCAUUUACAAAUGAUACAAAUGAAACAUUUGUUGAUAGCAAUACUACAACACCAGUUGAGGAAAUUAGUUCACAUUUUAUUUCUACUGAUCCUAUGACAACAAGUUUUGUUGAUGGAGCACCUAAUACUCGAAAUCCAUUUCUUGAUAAAAUUGAUGAUAUAGAAAUAAUUCAUCAUAAUAUACCAACAACAACAAAAAAUACAAUGCCAUCAAUUGAAGAGAUUAAUCCACAAAGUUUACCAAUGGAUGAUGAAAAUCAUUCGAAAAAAUCAACAGUUAGUAAAUCAAGUGUUCCAACAAUUUCAAUUAAUAAUUCACGUAAAUCAAAACAAACAUUACCAUCAGGUCCUAUAUUUUAUGUUGAUGUUGCAUAUAUUCCAUAUCAUGGUAAUGAACAUUAUGUUGAUAGUGAAUUUUUUCGUCGUAUACGUGCUCGUUAUUAUAUAUUAAAUGCUGUUGAAAUAAAUCGUCUUACAUUAGAAUCUUUAAUUGAUGGAAAACAACAAUGGGAUAAACAAGAACAAAUACCAGUAACACUUGUACCAGCAUAUGAUGGUGAUCAAUUACGACAAUUUUUUGUUAUGCAUAAAACUCGUUUAGCUGAACUUAAUAUAAAUAUUAUUCCAGCAGCAACUCGGUGUAAUGUGCAAUAUGAUGAUGAAGGUUCACCUGCACAACGUUUACGUUUUAGUAAUGAACAAUAA